AUCUGUUCAAAAAUUUGAAAAUAUCAGCAAUUUUUUGGGGUUUAAACAAAGUUCGUGCUUCGUUCACAGUUAUUAGGGUUUUUGUUUGCUUUCCACUAGAUUAUAGUUAGAUUUUGCAACGAUAUUUUGGGCAAAGUUCAGGUUUUUUAGGGUUAGGGUUUAGGAAUUCCUUAGCUGAGCUUGCUCAGGGUUUAAAUAUGCAAAAAGUUUUCGAUUUUCUGUCGAUAUCUUCAGUCAACAUGCUGUUAAAGGUCGUAUUUUUUUCGAAAACGAAUUACAACUCAGGAAUUUGAAAGAUUUUUGGGGGUGAUGCUAGAAGCCCCAUCAAAGAUGUCGGGAUCUGAGACAGGAGUGGUGACGAGUAGAGAAUCGUUCACCGUCGGCAUGAAGUCUCCGGUGCCGUCACAGCCGGCAAUUCAGAACAUGCGGUUAGCAUACAGUGCCGAUGGAACAGCUGUAUACAAACCGGUCACUGGAACUUCUCCUCCGUACCAGUCGUCACCAGCCAGUGGCGGCGAAAGUCCCGGCGGCACCAUGGUACCGCAUAACUUAAACAUGAAUAUGGGCGAACCUAUGAAGAGGAAGAGAGGGAGGCCCCGGAAGUACGGGCCAGAUGGCACCAUGUCAUUGGCUCUAACGCCUGCAAUCCCUGCUGUCGCAGUCACUCAGUCCGGUGGGGCCUUCUCUCCUCCGCCGCAUGCUCCUGGAGCUACUCCUCCAGGAGGAUCAACCUCGCCGUCUUCAUUUAAGAAGGCCAGAGGUCGACCGCCUGGUUCAAGCAAGAAGCAACAGAUGGAAGCUCUAGGAUCAGCAGGGUUUGGUUUUACGCCGCAUGUUAUCAGUGUGAAGGCUGGAGAGGAUGUAUCGUCAAAAAUAAUGUCCUUCUCUCAGCAUGGUCCAAGGGCUGUUUGCAUCUUAUCUGCAAAUGGUGCCAUAUCUAAUGUGACCCUCCGCCAAGCUGCAACAUCUGGUGGAACUGCGACAUAUGAGGGUCGGUUUGAUAUUCUGUCACUUUCUGGUUCAUUUCUGCUAUCGGAGGUUGGUGGUCAGCGGAGCAGAACAGGGGGAUUAAGUGUCUCAUUAGCUGGACCAGAUGGACGUGUUUUAGGUGGUUGUGUGGCAGGUCUUCUAACUGCAGCAUCCCCUGUUCAGGUAAUUGUUGGCAGUUUCAUUGCAGAUGGUCGCAAGGAAUCAAAGCCAAUAAACCAAAUUGAUCCCUUAUCUGCUCCAUCAAAGCUCAUCCCAGGUGGUGGUGCUAGCAGCCCAUCUUCACGUGGGAGACUCAGUGAAUCCUCUGGUGGGCCCAGUAGCCCACUCAACCAGAGCACGGGAACCUGCAAUAACAGUAACCCCCAAGGCAUGUCGAGUAUGCCAUGGAAGUGAUCCUUUUGCGGCUUGAUAUUCUCACUAAUUUCUGGAGGCAUGGGCGCCUGUUGUUUAUUAGCUAAUUUCUUCAAGCCUUGAAUAUUUACCAUUUGUAAUUUAAGCCCUCUGUGUAACUUUAGCUGUGCAGAAUAAGGACCACAGGCGACUUUCCAGCUUGGCCUUAGUGUUGCUGGAAAUAGCCAACCUUGCAGUAGUGACAGGUGCCCAUCACCCCUUGUGUGUCGAACAUUAAAAAUUAGCAUUGUACUUGUAGGAUGUCUUGUAACACAGUUGUUAUCUAGUUUGCCCUUCUUGUGGCUGUUGUAGUCUGUAACGUCUGUUGUUGCUCGUAUCUCAGUAUUGAAUUAUUCUCUACGAUUCUCCGUGAUCAUUGUAUUAUGACCUCCAAUUUGAUUUUAA